UGCACCUCGAUGAUUGACCGACACCAACCCAUUCUGUACACUCCUUUUCAAUAAUUUAUAUAUCUCCGAAUGCUUCUAUUGCACCGAUUCUGGAGAUCUCAAAACUCUUCACUAAUAUCCCAAUUUCGCUCCAUUACUUCUUUUAAGCCAUUCAAAAUGGUGGGGCGGACAUAUGAGGAAGCAAUCACGGCGUUGAAUACGUUACAGUCGAAUUUCGCGAUUGUCAAUGCGAUUAGACAGUCUGGGGGUGCUAAGAAUCAAUAUGCGAUUCCGGAAAUGGUUGAGUGGUGUAGGAAGAUUGGAUAUGAGCCCUCCGACUUCAACCGUUUGAAUCUUAUCCAUAUCGCCGGCACUAAAGGCAAAGGCUCAACAUCUGCGUUCGUCUCUUCCAUUCUGACACAAUACAUCCCAUCGACGACGAGCGACCAAGCAACCGUCCACAAAAUUGGUCUUUACACAUCACCCCAUUUACGAUUUGCGCGAGAACGAAUAAAAAUAAACGACGAGCCCUUAACGGAGGACCAAUUCGCACGAUACUUUUUCGAAAUCUGGGAUCGUCUAGAACAAUCCGCAAAAGCCGCGGGGCAAGACCCCUCGGGACCAGAGACGAAACCUGUUUAUUUCCGUUAUUUGACCCUCAUGGCAUUCCAUGCUUACUUGAGUGAAGGUGUUGACGCUGCUGUCAUUGAGUGCGGUAUUGGUGGUGAAUAUGACUCGACGAAUAUUAUCGAUCAACCGGUCGUGUCUGGUAUAACGAGUCUGGGUAUUGAUCAUGUUGCUUUACUGGGAACUACAAUUGAGGAGAUUGCAUGGCAUAAGGGUGGUAUAAUCAAGACAGGCGCAAAGGCCUUUACGGGUCCUCAACCGGAGGCCGCUUUGGAGGUUUUGCGCAAAAGAGCCGAAGAAAAAAAGACGGAGCUUAUUGUUGCUCGGGGUCAACCAGAAUUGAAAAAGGGAAGCUCAUUGAAGUUGGGCUUGGAUGGUGAUUUUCAAUACACAAAUGCGAAUAUAGCUGUUGGCGUCGCUGCUGAGUUUUUGAGAUGUCGUGGUGAGCGGAAUAUUCCUGACGAUAUAUUCAGCUCAUCACUACCUGAAAAGUUUCGGGCUGGUUUGGAGAAAGCCAGGUUGGGCGGUAGGUGCGAAACUCGCCGAGAAAAGACAGUCUCUUGGUAUAUUGACGGCGGGCACACGCUUGAGAGUAUACGCGUUGCGGGAGAAUGGUUUGCUUCGAAAUUGGUCAAUGACGCUGAGAGUCAACGACCUCGGGUCCUCAUCUUCAAUCAACAGACUCGAGACAGUGUCGCAUUAGCACGAGCGCUACAUCAGACUCUGGCCGAAGUACUCGGAUCAGCACGACCUUUCACACACGCCAUAUUCUGUUCAAAUGUCACAUACAAGAAUGCAGGCUAUCGACCCGAUCUUGUCAGCGUCAAUGCCAACGCAUCUGAAGUCGAGAAGCUAAGCGUUCAGCACACACUAGCCGAGUCCUGGAAGGAGAUUGACCCUAAAGCGCAGACUUUAGUCUUUUCUACGAUUGAAGAGGCGGUCGACUUUGUGCGCGACCUUUCAAAGCAGAAGGCCGACGAAACCCCAGUCAAGACUUUGGUGACUGGUAGCUUGCAUCUUGUUGGAGGUUUCCUUGAUGUUAUUGAGAGCAAGCCUGGAGAGACAUUAGCUUGAACGGAUAGUAGAUACCCAUGUAAUCUUUAACGGUAACGUAAUAAUGCUAUUGUACAGACUCUCGCAGUCAAGUGCCCAAGAAUUGGAUGUUUCUAGACCUCGGUAAAUUCAGAAUUCAACCAUGCAUGAA